AUGUCGACUGUUCGGAAGAAACUCGUUAUCGUCGGGGACGGGGCAUGUGGAAAAACAUGUCUUCUGAUAGUUUUCAGUAAAGAUGAAUUCCCAGAGGUGUACGUCCCAACAGUUUUUGAAAACUACGUGGCUGAUAUUGAAGUAGAUAACAAACAGGUCGAGCUUGCUCUUUGGGAUACAGCAGGACAAGAGGAUUAUGACAGGCUUCGUCCUCUCUCUUACCCAGACACAGAUGUAAUUCUCAUGUGCUUCGCGAUUGACUCGCCAGACUCGUUAGAAAAUAUUCCAGAAAAAUGGGUUCAAGAAGUGAAACAUUUCUGCCCAAAUGUGCCAAUUGUUCUUGUUGGUAAUAAACGAGACCUGAGGGACGACCCAAGUACGAUUAGGGAACUGGCAAGGAUGAAGCAACAGCCAGUCAAAUACGAAGAGGGUAAAAACAUGGCCGAUAGAAUUGGAGCAAGACAUUACAUCGAAUGCUCUGCCCUUAGUGGAGACAAUGUCCGAAAAGUAUUCGAGCUUUUCCCGUAUGAAGAAGGAGCACUUGAUAAUCUCCUGAAAGCAUUUCGUCAUGCGAUGGCUGUAGAUGUCCGCUCACUCCCAGCCGAUUCAAAGGUCCUUGUCAAUCAGCUGCGCAGUAUUGGUCUGGGUGAUGUUGAGAUGCUCCCCGAGGCAAUGAACGAAGCUGGCCUCGCGCACGUGCCGCUACCAAGAGAGCUCAAUAAAAAAAGGCCGAGAGCAGUUAUUCAAAAUGACCAGCCGGCACAAAUGACGAUCAAAAGACGGCGAUCGUCAAAUGUAACAGAUAACCCUGCAGUCCGAGCGGUCGUGAGGGACUUCCUGGAGCAUUUCUCCGACACAGCUCCUCUUCCGAGACCGCGCGAUUAUGUGAAGGGUGUCGAUGGAGAGCUUGUACUGAAGCAUUACCUGAUGUUCUCAGGGAAUCAAAUGUUUGAUCUCUACGAAGAAGUGCAAGAUCCUGAAGAACGCGUGAGCAGAUCAGCUUUUUUGAAGAUUAUGAAGUCUUUGAAAAUUUUUGUGCAGCCAUCUGAAAGAAUGCUAAAGACUUGCGCUUGUGAAUGCUGUGAACAAAGUGCGGCUUUUGCCGAAGCAAUAAGCGAUGCCGGAAUUCUCAUUCGACCCGACGCUCUUCUGCGUAAGUCGAUUUGCAACCGCGCCGAACAAAGUAUGGAAGAAAGGAGGAAAUGUUGGGACAGGGAUUGUCCAACCUGCAAAACAGAGCAGUAUGUACGACAGAAUGUAGAGGAAUUACUGGCGGAAAUCCAUCCUGAUACGCAGAUCACAUGGACUGAAUACAAAAAUGGCCAGUUUGGUCCAGAAGCACAUGAAAAGGUCGCCCAGAAAAAUGAGUUCAUCGUCAAGCUUGUUGCGUACCUUCACAACGGUCAAAACGGAUGCGGCGCGGGACCUCGACCUGUCACACAUCUAGAGAUGCGAAAACAGUCGAAAGAAUUCCUUGCCUCGCUGAAGGAUGCUGCUAAAAAUCGCCGCCUUAUGAUGUUUACUGCAGAUUUCGCUAUGGGUAUCCAACAGAGGCUGCCUGUUGAAAAUGCAGCGAUGCACUGGAACCCUGCAAGCUGGCCAGUUUUAUCAGCUGUUUCUUACUUUGGCGACAGCAAAGUUUACGGUCACAUCCUUGCAGAGCUCAAUACCGCGAAAAGCCUUAUGGUUGUCGAUGGUUACAAAAGGCUUCUGGCUUCAAUUGUGCGGGAUAAUCUUUUGGGAUUCGAUGAGGACGCGAAGCCAAGGACGUUGAUAUUAGAAUCCGAUGGCGCUGAGAAGGAAUUUUGGACUGCUAUUCUUUGGCGUCAGAUUCCGGCGAUGAUGGAAGAGUUGAGGGAGGAAACAGGGUGGAGUCCGGAUAACCUCAUCGUUUGCAAGAGAAUUAAAGGCCACGGCAAGGGGGAGGUCGACGCAUCUCAUUCUGCGAUAAAGAGAGAUGUCAGGCGCGCGAUGGAGCUACGAGGUGUUGAAAGACAGAACGCUGCCCGUCGGAGAGCUGGAUUUGAGUCGGCCGAUGAGAUAAUGAAUUAUCUUGUGGGAUUGCCGGCGUAUGGAGAGCUUGAGGAUCGACCCGAAGAUGAAACAGGAUUCAGACUUCGCGGUCGUCUUGUUGAGGAAGAACGAAAGGAGCUGCUGCAGAAAAAGCGCGAGAAAGAAAGACUCCUGGAUCUUUUGGAACAGAAGAAGGAGCUUUCUGAAUUGCGUCCCGACUGGGAAGAGAACUUCCACGAACGGAGCAAAUAUAUCCAGACGAAAACUGAGCCGCACAUCUUUUGGAAACCGCGUAUUCCAGAUGCGAGAAGCAAGGAGCUGUUAAAGAAAUCUCAGAAGAUUGUUGAAGAACAAUUGGAUGAAGCAAAACAGUCCUGGGCCUCGUUCAAGCGCGAGUUGACAAGCCAGAUUGAAGAUUUGAAGGAGAACAACAACUUCAGCGGCAAAGAGGAGAACGGUAAAGCGGAAGAAAAGGAAAGAAUUCCAAUCAGCAAGCGGCUCGUGAUCACCAGAAGGAUCGUCAAUGACAAGCGAGUGGUUAUGCCAAAAGAGGAUAUCAAGGAAGAGAAAAGGGAGGAAGAAAAGAAGCCACUGACGAAAAAGAGCGACGACGGGAAAUUGAAAAUCAACGAAAACGACGACACCGAUCAGACUCUUCAGAUAGUGAAUCUGAUCAGGAAAAGUCCCCAAGAAAGGAAGAUACAUAUUUUCAUGCAUAAAGCAGCUCCAGUAGUCAAGAGUGAGGACUACGUCUCACCACCAGUUGCAGCGCGCACUCGCCGAGGACAGAAAGCAAUCUCUCCAUCCAAGAUUCCACGACGCAUUUUGGCACCCAAGAACGAGAACGAGGCCCUCGCAGAGAUCGAGGAAGCCCGCGCCUUGUUGAACAAGGACGGGUCUGAAGCCGAACUCUCUGACGCUGAAAAAGAUUACGCCGACGAAGUCCAGUCACUUACGAAUGAUGAACUUCGAAAUCGACUCAAAAACUUGGGAAUCAAUGUUGGUCCAGUUGUUGAUUCAACCCGAAAGAUCUACGAGAAGAAACUUGUCAACUUGAUGAGCAAGGCCGAAUCCGGCUUUUCAACCGAUGAUAACGAGGAAGCAACCCCAGUUGGAGCGGAGGUCGAAGAGCCACCAAAAGUUGUCCGAAGAACGCGAAAGAAGGCCCCAGCAGAGGAUCUCAGCCAAGCCGAACCCGUCGAGAAUUUCUCUGAUGACGAUGACAUUCCAAUUGUCCAAAACACCUCCUCCAGAAGACGAAGCGCAAGAGUUGCGAAGAAAGAAUCCAAAAAGGAAGUCGCCCAGCCAGAAACUGUUCCAGAGGAACCUGUCGCUGAAGAAAAGCCAUCUGAAAGUGGCGAUGCCCAGCCUGCUGAAGAACAGAGCGUAGAACAGGUUGCCGAAGCUGCCGAAUCUCCAGCUGAAGAGUCUGCUGCGGAAGCUCCCACUCCAUCAGGAGAAGAAGCCGCCAAAUUUGCUGCCUCAUCCAAAUUCUCCUUCAGUUGCAGCUGCUUAGAAAAUCUGCCCGUCCACACUAUCAUCGUCGUCGUUGCCCUCGCCCUCUUCAUGGGUCUGAUCUGGCACCAGCGAGACGCACACGUCAAGCUCGUCCAAAACUUGACGAAGAUGGCGACUUACUCUUACACGCAGAUCUACGAUAUGAUCAUGCCUGGAGUAGACGAAGAGCCUGUCGCAGCCGCUGAGCCAGUCGCAGACAACUAG